AUGAGUGUUUACGCCGCGAGCACGCCGACAGCGAGCACCGCGAUAUCGCCGGCGAUUAAUACAACGGCAACAACGGCGUCGACGGCGACGAGGCCGACGACGACGACGACGACGACGACGACGACGUCGCCGCCGACUGCUGCGUCGACGACAACGACGACGCCGACAACGACGACGACGAUAGCUACGGAGGCGGCGGUGGCAACGGUGGCAACAGCGACGACGACGACGACGACGACGACAGCGGCGACGGCACCGGUUACGGCGACGGCCACGUCGUCCACGGCGACGACCGCCGCGUCGCCGGAAGCAGCGACCGGCUGGAUCGAGUUCUGCGAGAGACACGCCCGCGCCUCGGCCUCCGACUUCGCCAAGGCGUUCUGCACCUACGUUAGCCUGAAUCUGCCCGAGAGCGCCCGCGCCAACCUCUCGCACCGCGACUUCCUCCGCAAGUUCGUCGAGAGCUUCUGCGAGCACUUCGAGAGCGAGUAUCUGCGCCAGAGCGUGAGAUCGCUAUCGUUGCACGACACUAAGAGCGCAGCAUCCAAUGAAAAAGACGUAAACGUCGCGAGCCAAAAUGCUAAUGCACCGGUCCGUGCGUCCUCGCACGAAGAAUUCAGCGACUAUUCCGAGCAUGAGGGAGAGGCAGUGUCGCCGAAGCCCACCCACAAACCCUUCUUCCGCAGAUUAUCCUUUAAGGGGCUCAAAAAGGGCAAGAGUUUCUUCCACAAGCAACAGAGCGACGAGGUCGAGUUGUCCCACAGCGAGCACCGCAAGGACAAGCACUCCAAGGCGAAGCUGUCGAAGAUCGUGGUGGAGUGUCGUAAGGAGGGGAUCGUCAAUUCCUUAAUGGGGGAGAACAUAGACGGGACGCAGAAAUGGGAGAAGUCACGGCUGGCUCUGAUAAAGGCCAUCGGUGGCUACAUGCUGGAGUUCUACUCGCCGCCGAAGGCUGUGAAGCCGCGUAGCGGCGUCUUCUGCUCGGCGAUCACGGAGGCGAGGGAGACCACGGCGCUCGAGAUGCCGGAUCACGAGAACACGUUCGUCCUGAAGACCCAGAACAUGGAGUUCGUCAUCGAGGCGCACGACUCGAACGACAUGAAGUCGUGGCUGGCGACGAUCAGAUACUGCAUGCGGACGGUGCAGCAGAGCUCGAGCGUGCCCGGCUCCGGGCCGGGUGAUUCCCUGGGUGAUUCCCUGGGCCACGGCUCGCUGGCCGCCGGAUCCGACAGUGAUCGACUGCGAGCCAACUCGGCGAGCAAGAGCUUCCGUUCCGCUAGUCAUGAGCAUGACUAUUCCAAUCCGCCGGAAUUACCUCCGAGACUCCACAUGCGCAGCAGUAGUAAUCUAGAGUUAUGUUCCUCUCAGCAAGAAAUCGAACAAAUGUCCGCUAACGAAGGUGAGCUGGAUUUGUCGAGUAGCUUACGAGAAUAUCCAUGGUUUCAUGGCACCCUUCCUCGCUCGGAUGCCGCGCAGCUUGUAUUACACAGCGCGGCUAAUGGCCACGGUGUGUUCCUGGUCCGGCAAAGUGAGACCAGGAAAGGCGAAUUUGUGUUAACCUUUAAUUUCCAAGGAAGAGCAAAACAUUUACGGAUGACGCUAAAUGAUCAAGGUCAUUGCCGAGUCCAACAUCUAUGCUUUCCUGCGAUAUACGAUAUGCUUGAACACUUUCGCCAGAACGCGAUACCACUCGAGUCCGGCGGGACCGCGGAUGUUACGUUAACCGAGUACGUAGUGGCGGCGAACCACGCGUCGCGGCCAGGACACCAUAACGUGGCGGGUAGCUCGAAUGUGCAACAACAACAGUCGUCGCAAGAGAGGAGACCUCCGGCAGUUCUGGAGCCCAGAGAAGUACGCACUUAUGGCGGUUCUAUAAGAACGCACAUGGAAUCGUUGGAGAGACUAGAGCAACAGGGCGCCGCCGUUGCGGAGCAACAGAGCUCGGCUUCGUCCACCAGCAGAGCGGUUCAGAACACUUACAGUUUCCUCUGACGCUGGAUUCACGCUAAUCCGCCAUCAGGCUACAAUCCAGUCAGUCCGACGGACUGAGCGUGAAACGACACGAUGAAGCAAUCGAAGCUCAGUUUUUAUCUCCAGAAUUGCGUCAUGCCAUAAACCACUGUUGUUUUUGUGACGAAGCGCAUCUCUCUUUUACUUAGUACAAAAGAAUUGCAUUUUUUUUUUGUUCUUUUUGGUAUAACUAUCUUCCUAAUCACAUUGACUCUUGCGUACAGCAUUCGACAUUAUACUUUUAUGAUUUAUCAGCAACGUGUUUGCAUCGCAUUUACAUCGAAAUAAUAAGAAAAUAGAAUAGACUAUCAGCAAAAACGA